AUGCGCCUGCCUACAUUGCUAUUCCGUGCACUCGCUACGCUCCUUGCGCCACGGCCUUCUGAUGCUCUUCCGGACGCCAUCGAUUCGCGCAACGUAUCGUCACUACUAUGGGGCCCUUACCGUCCCAACUUGUACUUGGGUAUCCGGCCCAGGGUCCCCGAGAGCGUCUUCAUGGGCUUGAUGUGGGCCAACUUCGACGAGGGGCAUAAGAGUCUCCGUCACACCUGCGAACAGAACGAUGGUAUGGGGGGGUAUGGUUGGACGGCGUACGAUGCCCGCAAAGGAGGAACGCAGCUCAUACCAGAUGUGGGGAAUAAGAUCAACAUCACCACCGAGUUCGUCAAGAUUUCAGAGGGACAGAGCAGAGGCAAUUGGGGCCUCCGAGUAAAAGGGGUUCCAAGAGAAGAAGCUGGCCACGGUCUGAAGACGUCGGUUGUCUUCUAUGUCUCCAUGGAGGCUACGGAGAAAUGUCAGGUCUGCAGGCUGGAAGCUGCCGAGGGCAAGAUCGGGCCUCGAGAUGACGAGGCCGUGCGAAAGGUCGUAUUCUGGAUCAAACAUCCCAUACUCGGCAUCUCGGAGAUCCAUCUUCCGAUUCCAAAGCACGACAUCUCCGCCAUCGCAAGCAUAAACACCACAGAGGACGUGCUAUGGAAGUCAAAGUCUCUCUUCGUCGAUUUGCUGAAGAAUGAGGCGCACUCGAAGCGCGGGAGUCUGGUCUUAUCAGACGAGCCCGCUAUGGGAAAUGCGCAUUUUGUGCAGAUGGUAUUCCACGAUCGCUUCGAGUUUGAUAUUCUCUAUUCGUCGCAGGCAGCGACGCUCGAGAUGACCUCUCUUGAUAUCACCACCGAAAUGGAAACCAACCGGGAAUCCUUCGCCGAGAGAUUCUCCUCGAUCUUUGCACCACAAUGGCCGUUCCUGACCGAGUCACACCUAACCUUUGCACUAAACAUGUUUUCGAAUCUCUUGGGAGGGCUGGGCUACUUCCACGGGGAUAUGAAGGUCUUUGAAUCGCAUGCAGCAGACUAUGAAGAGAAGGAACCGGAGUUCUGGGAGAAGCUCGCCGAGGCUCGUCGCCGUGAGAAACCGCAAACCAAGGGCCCGUUUGAGCUGUUGACGCACGUGCCGUCUCGCGCCAACUUCCCUCGUGGCUUUCUCUGGGAUGAGGGUUUCCAUCUCCUUCCGGUCGUCGAUUGGGAUCUUGAUCUAGCAUUAGAAGUGCUUCAGAGUUGGCUCGGCCUAAUGGACAGGGACGGAUGGAUAGCAAGAGAACAGGUCCUGGGCCCAGAGACGCGCAGCAAGGUUCCGCCCGACUUCCAAACUCAAUCCCCCGAAGUUGCAAACCCCCCGACAUUAUUCUGGGUUGUAUCCCGUUAUGUUAACAUACUGUCAGGCGCGGAGCAGUAUGCAGGACAUGAAUCUCACCACUUGAACGAUCGUGAGUCGGGUACAGAUCUGCUCAUGAGGUUAUAUUCCCUGUUGAAGCGACACUACGAAUGGUUCCGAAGAACGCAGCGCGCUGAUGUGGAAGCUCACUCGAUACCCAAUGCUGCGCUGGGUGAGGGCUACCGUUGGCGGGGUCGUACGCCGGGCUAUAGUCUUGCCAGUGGCUUGGACGAUUAUCCACGAGCGGAACCGCCUGAUGUCACUGAGUUGCAUGUGGAUGCGCUUUGCUGGGUGGGUGUGAUGGCAAGGACACUCGCGCAAGUGGCUGAGUACCUUCAAAAUGAUCAGGAGCUCUCCACAUUCCGGCGUCACUACGAUGGCAUCCAGCGGAAUAUCGAAGUCCUACAUUGGUCGGAUGGUGGGGGACUUUAUUGCGACACUCGUAUCCACGACGGCCUUCAUACCUUCACCUGUCCGAAGGGCUACAUCUCUCUCUUCCCCUUCAUCACAGGCUUCAUAGGCCCCGAGCAUCCGCGUUUGAACGCCACACUGGAUCUGAUCCGUGAUCCGGAGGGCCUUUGGACUUCUUCAGGAAUCCGCAGCCUCAGUCCGGAGAGCACCCGGUAUGGCGAGGGCGAUAACUAUUGGCGCGGGCCGAUCUGGAUCAACAUCAACUAUCUGAUCAUAGAGCAACUUCUUCACUUGGCCACGACUCCCGGGCCGCUCAGGCAUCGCUGCCGGGACAUCUACAAAGAGUUGAGAAGGAACGUGGUCGAGACUGUUUAUAAUGAUUGGGAGAAGACUGGGUUUGCAUGGGAACAGUAUCAUCCGGAAACGGGAGUAGGCCAACGGACUCAGCAUUUCACUGGCUGGACUGCGCUCGUCAUAAAGCUUAUGUCGUUCCCUGAUCUCGAAGAAGAAGGCGUCCGGCACAAGCUGGGGGCGCUCGUCAAGGAGGCAAAAGCUAAUCAUGGGUUGGGUGUCGGAGGUAUUGUGGCGUGCAUGCUGCUCAUCCUGCUUGCGUACAUGAGCCGGCGAAAACUCGCAAGACUACGAUGGAGCAUGGUUCGGCGGUUUGAGAGGUAG